AUGUCCGAUGCUGUCGCGACGCCGGCAGAGACCCUGAACAACGCAGUACACGAACGCCCAGCGAAGAGAAAACGGAUCGCUUGCCAACGCUGCAGACAAUCUAAGCUACGUUGCGAAGCGUCCGACGGAGGUGCUCGACCUUGCCAGCGCUGUUCUCUCCACUCUUGGCCAUGCAUCACUGAAGCAGAACCCCAGCGCGCUAGCAAAAGACCGAACAGGACGCUGAAUGAACGCGCCGAUCCCGAGCCGCAGAGUACUCACCAUAUCAACCCCAUUGCAUCACCUCCUGCGUCGCAGACGUCCUCAUUCAGAGCGCUGGCAGCAUCUGCAGACCACGUAUCAAGCGAGGCUCAACUCCCCCCCGAAUAUUUUUCCUAUUAUCACAACUCCUUCCCCGUCCUCUUGAUGCCUGUUUCCCCAGAUGCCGUCUACGCAACCUCUGCUUUGCUCUUUUGGGCAGUCAUAACGACGGCGGCCCGUCAUGACAGCCUAGACUUUACGCUUCUGCCGGCACUAGUGCCCGCGGUCAAAAGGCUGCUUUGGUUGACCAUCGCCUCUCCUCCUCACAUGUUGCCAUCCUUGGAGGCCAUGUCCAUACUUUGCAUAUGGAUGUUUCCUGUUUCGUCGAUGCCAACAGACCUCACGUUCAUUCUGGCUGGCAUCCUCAAGUCGUCGGCCAUGCAUACUGGGUUGCACCGACCAGACAUCUUGACACACUACUCCAGCGCCCAAUCUUCGUUGAGACCAGCGAAACUCAGAGAAGCCAUCAAAGUCUGGUGCUGUACCUAUGUUGCUACUGAAGGUGUAGCUAUAGGAAACGGGCAACCGCCGUACUUCCCCGCCGACCGUACAAUCGAGCAGGCAUCUGCUGCGUCGAACCCCUACGAGUUGCCAGAGUCGUUGCACCAAGCAGGAGUCACGCAAGUAUUUUGCAGCAAAGUGCAUUCAACCAUGUGUGACUUUGAUAGGCUGGAAGGAUUAGCUUCUCAGUCGACGAGAAGUUUGUUGCUCAAAGUUUUGGAACGAGAUCUCCGAGAGCUCGAGGAACGGCUGAAUACUCACAGAUCUCAUCGGACUAGCAUCCACUUUCUCUCUGCUUGUUUCCAGCUACGAGCAUACUGGCUGUUCGAUGAUGAGGAAUCGUCUGCCCGCAGAGACGGCGUCAUCAAAGCAUUCGACACGGCUAUCCGGUUCAUCGACAAACUUCAAUAUGGAGAGACGGAUGGCGGUCCUGUGAGAUAUCUCACAUUCUUGGCUUCACGGGUGUGUUUUGCGGCUGCAGUUCUCGUAUCCAAAGUCGUACAUUCGAGCUACGGUCUAUACGUCGACGCCGAGCGAGGAAAGCAGGCUUUCAACACAAGCAUAUCAAUUUUCAAGCGGUGUUGCGUCGAAGACAACGACAUGCAUGGCCGGACCACAAAGGUUUUGGCGCAGCUAUGGAACAUCUACGAAGGUCAAUCAGAAAAGUCCCAGCAACCUCCAGGCCUCUCUCUCAAGACCCGGUUGUUCUUCAGCAUAGCACACGAUGCAUUAUGGCAAUGGCGUGAAGAGUACGCUGGAAACCCGAACAAUGGGGCUCCCAGCCCUCCACCUCCACUUAUGCCACCAUCGUCCACGACGAUAUAUGGUGGUCCGUUAUCAGCAGAGCACCAGCCAUCCUCGUUGGCACUUUCGCAUUCACGAACAGAGCCUGGUAACAACAUUGCGCACGCUUCGAACAUACUCGAUGAUCACACUACGUCUUUAGCCUCAAAUGCUCGGCAAUUCCAUUCCCCGGCAGAAUUUUUUGAUGCGGAUCCUACACGAGAACCACUGCCUUCCGCCCCCGACCAAGAUCAUUUGACACGGAAUAGUAGACUCCUCCCUCCAGGUGCCAUGCAAUUCGACAUGCUCUUUCCGUGUGCUGUCUCGGGCUUUAGAGAUUCAGAGCAACCCUAGUUGUGAUCAAUGAUAUGAAAGGACUUGGCCGCAAUUUGUGUUGCAAAUGUAUCUUGUAUUCACCUCCGACAUUUUGCUUCCUUGAGUGAAGGAAAUGUCAUUCUUGGCAUGAACGGGUUGCA